AAAAGUCAUAUCCGUAAUUUUAGGAAUACAACUACAAAUAUUACAAAUAUUUGCAUCCCAUCGAUUGGCUUCCGCGUGUAAACACGUAAUCAAUAUCACAUUCAAGUCUCCACUCAACGGUCAACGUUAUGCUGCGUCCUCUACAAUUAAUAUCAUCUCCAAACCCAUCUCUCACCUCAUUCUUUUCUCCAAGAUAUUUGAAACAAUGGAUCAUGUCCAUCUCUCUCUUUCUUCCAUCAUCAUCCUCUCCUUCUUCUUAACAAUACUACCACCAUCUUAUUGCGUCGGAGAUGAACAAACCUUCUGUGGUGUGCAACCGUCCCUAUAACUGUGGAAGCCUGAUCAACAUUCCGUACCCUUUCUGGGGAGACAGCCGACCUGAAUAUUGCGGUCAGCAUGGGUACAAUCUCAACUGCCGCAACAAUGAAUACCCAGUUCUCAGAUUUGAAGCACUAGAAUUCCGCGUGCUAAACAUCAACACAUCUACUCGAACCUUUACAAUUGCAAGGUCGGACAUCUGCGAGGGUCCUUGUGCUCUACUUCCAGAGUUCCACAAUACCACUUUGAAUUCCGCUUUGUUUGAUUACGCUUCAACCGUUCAAGACAUAACGUUACUCUACGACUGCCCGCCUCCUCAAGACAACAUACCUCCAGCCCCAAAUAGAUUUAAUUGCAGCCAGUUUGAAGUUAGUGAUGGGAAAAGUAAUGCUUUACAUCGUAGACGAAUCCCCCUUGGGCAUCCAGCAUCUUCCACAACUUGUAGCGGAAUGCAACCCCACAGUAUCAAGGUUCCGAUUCUCCGGAGUGCUAGAGCUCUUCUUGAAGACCCUGAGGAUGGAGCUCCGGAGGUAGUACGUACUUCAAAAGGCAAUGAAUCAAGGUUUUGAUGUGGAAUACAACGAUGUAUUGGCGAGUUUGUGUAGGCCGUGUGAGGCAUCUGAUGGGGUAUGCGGUUCUAACGCCACGCAGCUGUUUGUCUGCUAUUGCCGUGACCAAGUGCAAUCUUAUUCAUGUCCAAAUUAA